AACAUUACGGCGUCAAAAACAAAAAAGCGGUUUAAUUUAACGCCUGCGCUAGCUUCGAGGGCUUAACGCUAAGAAACUGCGUUAUUUAGCGAUUAAAAUGGAACACGAGCUCGUUUUUUGAGCUGUUUUCAACCUGAGCCGAUGGGAACAUUUAUUUUAAUCGUUGCCAUUUAAUGGCUGUAAAAGACUCCAUUACCCUUGAGCCUCUGGGGGUUAUUUAUGUCACGGGUUUAGCCUCCCUCUCUGUGCGGCUGAAGUGCUGAGUGUCGCUGGGCUGCGUUCAGCCGGUGGCCCGGUCCGGUCGGUACUCGGAGCUACAGCUGAAGUUCUGAUGGGAGCCGAACUCAGCGCCAGCUGAAACCGGACUUUUAGCUCCACCGUUAGCUUCAACGUUAGCAACAUGCAGAUGACCUUUGAGGCCUCGAGCAGCGUGACCCUGCUGUUCGACUUCUGGAGCGUUCACGGCCCUACAGGCAUGGUGCUGUCGGUGUUUGUCGUCCUGCUGCUGACCGUCUUCUUUGAAAUUCUCAAAGUGUGGCGGGUUUGGCUGAGCAGCGGCUCCGCGCUGACCCGGCCUCCGCCGCCGUACGCCGCCGCGUCGUCCCGCCGCGCGGAGAGCUGCUGCGCGCUGGACGCCAGCCCCUCCGAGUCCUCGCUCACCUCCACAGAGACCGAGCCGCUGAGACCCAGGAACAGCUGGCUGCAGCACGUCAUCCAGACGUGCCUCCACGUCCUGCAGGUGACGCUCGGCUACAUGCUGAUGCUCUGCGUCAUGUCCUACAACGUCUGGAUCUUCCUGGGCGUCGUCGUCGGCUCCGGACUCGGCUAUUACGUCGCCUUCCCUCUGCUGGGCCAGAUGUCUCUGUUCAGCCGGGUCCGGCACUGAACAGGCGAACGCGGCGAUGAGAAGUCGCUUUCUUUGGACUCCACUGCAUGUGUUCGGAGAGCUGCCUCACAAUGACUUGCAGAAACUCACCUGGAAACCAGAACCGCAGGAGUCGACCAGGGAGUGUUUAUCAGGCCAGAGUGGACCUGAGCACAAAUAAUGUGGUUCGUCCUGAUAAUGGGUUAGAUCAUGUCAUGUCAGGAGGUUUGUGUGUGUGUGUGUUUGUGUGGAAAAAAACAUCUUCUGCUCUCUGCCUUUCUGUUUUGGCAAUAAAAGCUCAUGUCUGCAACCUUUCUAGUCGCCGCUGUAGCAGUGGUGUCCAAACUUUUGCCCUGAAGGUCAAAACCGUCAAAUUUAAACAUGCAGGCCACUUUUUCACUAAAUUAAAACUGCAAAAAGGAAUCAUGUUAUUCUGCCUGUUUAACAAUAAACUAAACUGACCUUUGGCCUGUUGCCUUAUUGAAACAAAAACAAUUUCCACAUUUUUUGGGUCACUAAUUGUUUGCUAAAUAGUUGCUAUUCUUCACUUUUGGCCAGAACAAAAUCAUUUCAAGGGUCACAAAUAGCAACCGGGCCACACUUUGGACACCCAUGCACUGUAGUGAGGCUUUAAUACUGUGGUCAGAAAUCUUCCUCUUUCAGCAGAUUGUUUACAAAGCAGAUACUUUUUGGUGCGUUGCAGAUUUUCAGUGAACUCAAAUGAAGUGUCCUGCUAUUUGGGGAAACGAAUCAUUUGAUUUUUAGUCUGUAAACUCCUCUGAUGAGUCAUUUUGGCCGUCAGCAGUCACACGCUCCAUUUCGUUUUGGUUUUUUUGUCGAUCAGAAACUGCUGUUGCCUUGUAGCCGUUUGUUUUUGCUUGAAGUGAAAAACUUUUUAUGACCCAUAUCUUAAAAGCUUGUGAUCAGUGUUUGUGAUUCUAUAUUUUUGGUUUUGUUUGAAUCAAAAAUAAAAAUUAAAGCUGCUGAAUAUUUGCAUCUUUGAAAAUAUUGACCUCCAACUCAGACAAGUUGAGUGUUUUUUUUUAACAUCUUUAGUCUAUUUUGAAUCCUUGACUACAUUCUGUCACUUAAUGCAUCAUUGCUUCUGAAUAGUGUCCAAAGUGUAUUUGAUGGAAAAAGAGUUUGUUCUUUUUCAGGGAGAUAUUUUCACAGAAAUAUUCCUAAAAUGGAAAGUCGGCAAAAGACGGCUGCAGCAAGCCGCCGCCUGUUCAUGGUUCAGUAUUUAUGGAUUUUUUUGUUUAACAUAACUCCAAAUAAUCUGCAGAAAACUCGACUGUGUGUUUUUUUAUUUUUUUUUAUUUUGAGAUCAUACCUAAAAUAAUUCAAACAAAAUGCACUUUUGCCCUGUAACCCCUGCAAAUACCAUUUGUUCACUGUAUUCUGGAAAGAGUGACUAUUAGACUUUAUAACACUAGAUAAAAAAUACAAAUAAAAAAAUCUAAUUUGUA